UAUGAGUCAAUCUUCCUUUUCAAACCAUCCGUUUUCUCGGAGAUGCCAGUUGGCCGAGGAGAACGUGACAAGACACUUCGAGGAAUUCGCUUUUAAGUCGGAAGUCCGAGAUGGGAGAAAACGUGUUUAUUACUAAACGUCUGUAGUAAAAUAACUAGUGCAAAUGCCAAAAGGGUGUGCCUUGCGUGUGGUUGUCUUCAUGAAACAAAAACCUUUUUUCCAUAUCCGAGGAUAUUUAAAUGGCUUUACUUAAGUGAACUGUGUUGGCGUAUGGGAAAAUGUUCCGUAGUUCUGUGUAAUGAUUGUAUUCGAAAAUGUGCGCCUAAGAUAUACGGCUUAGCAUGUCCUUCGAGAACAUCAAUGCCUGGCCUCGAAGGACUUUUUUUUUUUGCUGGAUACCCUGCAAUUUUUACCAGCGCAAUUUUACGACCGAUAGAGAGUGGUAGGUAAAUUUAUCAAAGAGCGUCAGAGCGUAUCGCCGUUUCGAGCAGCACCGUCCGUGCCUAUUAGUGACGGAAGACAUCGGCCUAGGUGUUGCGGGGCGUCGCGCGCACUGUGUACGUUCGAGUCACCACUGCGCAUGCCUCGAUAACGCACGGAUGCGUUUGCACGCGUGGCGCACGACGGCGCAGCCCGGCCCCCGGGCGGAGUAAGCACGGCCGUGCCGGCCCGUCUUGACGCUCGCUCCGCGCCGCCAGCCGCGCCAGCUCGGGGAGGCGGAUGUGAAGUUCGGUGCGAUAUGUGCGGUCGCGUGUGAUGCAAGGCGGCUCCGACCGGCGCGGGCGCGAGCGAAGGCACGGCCAGGGCAGAGGCUGCGGUCCAGCGCCACUCCGAUCGAUGUCGUUGGCGCUUCGGAAGCCAACUGGCGCUCCUCCCUCGCCCGAAUAUGUGCAGCGUCACCACCAUGGCCAGUGCUGAGAACAUCCAGGUAUGUGAGGAGACCUUAGAAGCUCACCAAGCUCGGCUUGGUGAUUUAAGAGGACUUGUGGCUCGAAUAGCAGCAGACGUUGGUCUGGAUGCUGGUGGUCCUCUUGAUGAUGAUGUAGCAGCAUUAGGACGUCGUCUUGAAGAUGUAAGGGAAUCAUUAGCAGCUUUAGCUGAGGUGGCUGAAGCUCAACAGAUUGGACAGAAUGAAUUGCAAAGUACCUGUAAUUUCCUAGCAUCUGUCAAGCAAAGUCUUAGUAUGGUAGAAGAGGCUAACGAGAAAGAUAUUGAAAAUCAAUUAGGUGCUCUUCGUAACCACUUGCUAGCUCUUGGCAAAACAGAAGGACAACUCCAAACAUUGAAGGAAAGACCCAUUGAUCUUUCCCCUUCUAAGUCUGAAACAUCUGUUGUGGAGAUUCUUCAGUUGUGGCAACAAGUUUUUAGGGAAACAUUUCAACAUUAUCAUAGAUUGUCAGCCAGAUUAGUGAAGAGCCAAGAUAGUGCUGCUGCUUUAAGACUUUGGCAUGAAUAUUUACUUCAUGUACAGUCUUUCCUGUCAAGUUCCAUUCCUGAAGAUUAUCGAGGCCUUACAGAGCACCAACAUUUGUGUGAAGUGCAUCAGAAUCUUCUAAUGAGCCAACAGUCAGUAUUACUGUCACAAAAUGAAGGAAGGACUCAUCAAGAUGGUGUUGAGUUAUCUGUAAUAGAACAGUUUAAUUCAUUGACAAACUUGCACAAUGAAACUCUUGCACGUAUUAUGGAACGUCACAGCGAAGUUGGUGAACGGCUUGUUUCAUGGGAAAAAUAUUCACAAGAACAAGCUCGUUUGCUCGCCUGGCUCCGUGACUUAGAACGAGAACGUAGCCGGCUACAGCUACAUAAUAUUCACAUAAGACGCAUUCCUAAGGUUCUUUCACAUAUACAGACAAUGCUUGAAAAGGAAGUUCCAUUGGGUGAAUCUCAAGCACUAGAACUAUUGGAACUUCAGAAUAAUUUGUUUCAUAAUACUGAUGACACAGUGGCUUCUUCUGUACGUUUAGCAUAUGCAACAAUUACACAAAGAAUCUCAAAUUUGAAAGCAGCAUUAGAAACUUGGAAGGACCAUUUAGAUAGAAUAAACAGUUUGGUUUCUACUUAUGAAAAGAAUGCAACUAAUGUUCAAACUGUGUUCCAAGAAAUCCACAGUGCUAUUUGUGAAUCUCAAGCUUUAAUAUCCCAUGCUGAUGUGAGGAACAGGCUGGAUAGUUUAAGGAAUUUACGAUCACGAAUCUUGGUUUUAACAUCAGACCUAGAAACAAUGAAUGUCACUUUGGAACAGUUGAGGGAAUGUUUAAGCCCAAUGGACAUGAAAACAUUAAAUCAACGAACAUGGCUCCUUUGGCAAUCUCAUAAUGAUCUUGACCACCAACUUGCUGUACUUUGCCAUCAUUUAGAAGAACGAAUUAAUCUUUUUACUCUCUUUGACACAAGGCGAUCCCGCUUUCUGGUUUGGGUGGAAGACAUGGUGCUUCGUUUGGAUCAAAUAUGUGUAGGAGAUCCUGAAGAAGUAUUGAGUCGUAUACAGACUGAUAUUCAAGGAGAUAUAGCACUAAAAAGCCGAGAAGUUGAUUGGUUAUUGUCUACUGGCCACGAAUUGAUUGCUGCAGCCUCAGGUGAUGAUGAAAACUCUACUACUGAACAAAAUGAUCUUCAGAAGAAAUUAUCUGAAGUUCAUAGGUGCUGGGAAGAACUCCAGAAUUUAGCUGCCAAUAAAGUGAACAAACUUCAAAACAUUCUUCAGAAUUUGUCUCAUUUGGAGCAACAGUUAUCAGAAUUAAGAAAAUGGUGCCAUCAAAUUGAGACACAAUUGAUGAAACCACUUGUCAUUACUGAGUGCACCCAGGAAGUGUAUGCUGAAAGACUACAAGAAAUUGAGGAUUUGCAAAGUACUAUUGAACAACAGAGUGGAAAGGUUGGAGAAGUAUUAAAUGUUAGUGAAUUAUUGCUGAGCGAUUAUGAACUGGUGAAAACGACAGUAAACACUGAAUCUAUUAGUAUAGCCACAGAUGCAAUUGAAAAACGAUGGAAGCACAUUUGUGAAGUUUCUACAGAGCGGAAGCGUAAUUUUAUGAAUACUUGGAAGUUAUUAAAAAAUUUAUUGAAUGGAUGUCGGGAGAAACAGCGGUGGAUUGAAAUUCAAGAGGAUAUUUUAGAAAGUAUACAGAGAAAAAUAAACCAAAUUUCACCAUCUGAGCUACAAGAUUAUUUAUCACAAGUAGAGGGAGUUUUGGAGGAGUUACAAUCUCAGAAACAGAGAUUAGUUGUUUUAGAUCAUUCAUACUCACAAUUUGUCAAAAGUUGUAGAAUGGUCCCAGAUAAUUUGUCACCCACAACUAGUCUUAUUCAUGUUACUCUGCAACGAUGGCAUGCAUUAAUUCCUAUGGCCACUGCUUUGGCAGAUCUCUUAUGUCAAGAAUUAAAAAUGUAUAGAGACUUUGUUAAUAUCCAUGGGAAAGCAGUGAUGAAUUUAACAGAAUUAGAUACUCGCUUAACACAGCUUCAGCAUUUACAUUCACCAGAUUCUUCAUCUUCAUCUAUGAGUCAGGAAAUAAUAGAGCAACUGGAGAGAGAAUUGAGAGCUCUGAACAGCUUAUUGCAAACUGCAGAUAGUUUAGGAAUGACACUGCUGCAAAAAUGUAAGGAGGAGGAUCAAAGUUCGAUCCAAGUUAUGAUAGAUGAAUAUCAAUUAUUGAGAAGAGAUAUUACAAUCAGACUUGCAACUCUAAAAGCGGAGUACCUGAGUGAAGGAGGGGCUAGUCUUAUAAAGGAGAGAGAUGAAAGCAUUCAAGUGGAAACAUUGCGUUUUGAACAAGACUCUGCCAUACAAGUAAACACACUUCCACAUUUGGCAGAAAUUGCUCCACAGAGUCGAGGUUUUGAUACAGCAAUAGCAGAGUGUAAAUCUAACUUGGCAACUCUCAAAGCUGUAUUAGAAGAAAGUCCUACCGAUGGAUCAAAGCUGGCCACUGCUUUAGCUGGAUCACAGUCUUCCAUUGAACUGGUGCGACAUUUGAGUUCUCGUCUUGGUGAAAGAGGUGGAGUAACUGAAGAACAAAGAAGAACACAAGAAGUAACAGCAUUGAAUACUGAAUAUGAACGUCUGUGUUCCUUGGCAUGUGUUCAACAUCAGAAUACGGGUGAAAGCAGUGAAAAUGCAAGACUCACAUGUCCAUUAUGUUCUCAAUUUAAUUGGCAACAACUUGACAAUGAUCUAUGGCGUUUAGAACAAUGGCUUCAGUUUUCUGAAGGUACUCAAAGCAAUUAUCAGGUUCCUCCUUCGGACAUUGAACAACUUGAAGACACAAUUCAAGAUCAUCGGGAAUUCCUCGUGGACCUUGACAGCCAUAGAAAUAUUGUCAUGUCACUCAACAUUGUGGGAACACACUUAGCUGAUCAUGCUGAUGACCAGGAAAAAGCAGAAGCACUGCGAGCACGUCUUGAGAAAACCAAUAUCCGCUGGGAAGCUGUAUGCCAGGCAGCUGCUCAGUGGCAAACACAGCUGCAACAUGCAUUAAUGGAGAACCAAGGUUUCCACAGAAUUAUUGAAGAAUUGAUGGAGUGGUUAGAAAAUACUGAAGAUACCAUAAGACUUGCUGAACCAGUAGAUCUCACUGAAGAAAGUAAUGUUGUUGAAGCAAAAUACAAUAAAUUCAGAGAACUCCAUGAAGAACUUGAAAGAUGUGAACCACGAGUAAUGUCUCUUCAAGAUGCAGCUGACCAAUUGUUACGCCAGUCAGAUGCUCCUGAAAAUUCAGUUCUGACUCGUCUUACCAGUUUGCGAUUAAGGUUACAAUCCCUGAGGCGAAUCACAGGAAUAUAUGUAUUGAAACUGGGUGCUGUGUUAGGACAUGAUCCUUCGGAAUUGGGUCUUGUUGCAUCUCACAGAACAGGAAGUGGACAAAAUGUGGGUGCAUCAUUAGUUAGUCUUUCUCAAGAGCUUCUGGAGCAAGCAGCUGCUGCAUCAUCAAUCCACACAGAAACUCGGCACUCAAAUGAUAAUGGCACUGCCAGAGAGGAUGAAGUUGAUACCACAGUACUGACCCGAGGCUAUCAGUUUUUUGGCCGUGUUCUUCGAGCAUCAUUGCCAAUUCAAGCAUUGAUGCUGCUAAUACUGGGUGUAGCAUCCCUUGUUCCUUCAAGAGAAGAAGAUUAUUCCUGCAUCCUGAGCAAUAACUUAGCCAACAGUUUCGAACCUUUACUGUUUUAUCCAAAUGGUCCACCCCCAGUUUAAGACGUAUUAAUGGACUGAUUAAAUAAUUAAUGGAAAUUAGCAUAUUUUUUUAUAUAUAUUCAUUCAGUAUUGUACUUAUUUAAUAAAUUGUAUUUUCAGUAAACACAAGACUGAGAAUGUAAGUGCUUUCUGAAACUUAUCCUCUCUACAUUAUUUCAGUUACAAAAGUACAAGGACAGAAUGUUGACAUUCCUUACUGGGAUUACUGAAAACAAUUAUUCUCUCGAAUCUUCAGCAUUUUACAUGAAUUGAAUGUAUUGUAAAGUGUCAAAGACUACUGAGACUUUGGUUUAUGUAUUUAAAUGGAGGUUGGAAGUGUAUGGAUUGCUAUGUAUGUACGCCGUAUAUUUGACAUAAGAGGUACGACUGAGAAAAUAUAGUUUUUGCUAAUAUUUGUAAAUUGUAAAGAAAUUGUUAAUUUUCAGCUGUUUCAUUUCUAUUUUCAUUAUGUAUAUAUAAUAUAAAAUAUAUUAUAUAUAAACACUGUGGUGGAUGUAAACUCACAUAUGUGUUUAUGUGUGUUUAUAUUUAUUGACCAGGUAUUUUAUAUUGUAAAUGGUCAAUUGUAUAAUAAGAAGUAGGUCUGCAAACAGUAAAGUUGCUUAAUUUUAAGUAUUAUAUUUUGGUGCAAUGUGUGUGGUUCAUACACCUAAUACAAUCUUGAAAUUCGUGGAUUGCGAAAUGUGACAUUGAAUCUGGAAAUAGGUGCUUCAUUGCAUUUCAACACAUAAUGGGAGAAAUUUAAGUGUUGGUUCUAUUCCCUUGUACUCAGAGAAUACAUGUACAACUUAUUCAAGAUCUUAUUUUCAGUACUACAGUGAAUUAUUUGUGUUUUGCUUAUUUGCAAAUAUGGUUGAUACAUGUAUGAGAGCUUUGCUGUUAUUUUGUUUUAAAAUUUACAUCAUAAACUGAACAAAGUCUUAAAAAUGAAAUGUCCAUUAUGUCUAGAUAUUUGUUAAAAAAAAAUGUGUAUUCUCUAAAUGUUUUGCAGAAUAUUGUAAAUUCUAUAUGAUGUACGAACUGAAGGGGAGAAUUGCAUCUCCACUUUUUUCCGUCUCCGUGUCCAUUUUUCCCCUUCAAUUUUGUCCUUUCUUUUCAUAUUCCUUCUACUGGUUUCUCGUUAUUGUCUACUGGGUAAUCAUCACCUGCACAUUCUCUUCACAUUAGGUGCUAUUUAAACUGCAAAUGCAGCUUUGUAUUGUGAUGUAAUUUGUUUAUAUAUAAUGUAAAAUAAAAAUGCAGAACACUACUAUGCAACUAUAACUGCUUUGUUAAAAUAAUCAUUAUUAAAAGAAGAAACAGAAGCUUUGGCUGUUCAUUUAAUGGCUUCCAUUUCAAAAAGAUUCCAUUACAAAAAUGUAUAAAGUAGAAUCCUUUACAGGUACAUACAGUAUUGACACCCAAAUCUGAGGGAAUGUUCAUGUUACUUAGCCACAUUCUCUGUACUUGUAAUAACCUAAAUUAUAUGUUCCCAAAAUAUUUUGUCAGAUUUGUGUAACUGAAAUUAAAUUGUAGCUUCUGUAACAUGGCUUUCUUUGCAAUUGUAACAUGUAGUAUUUUUAUAAGAAAAAUGCUUAGCAGGUGUGGUGUUUGCAAAUUAAAGAUGUUGAAUUUGAA